AUGGUCUUCUUAUUAGGUGGUUACCUCUUUCGGCAUAUGCGAUUACUGGGCCUCGACAAACCCACGCAUACAGCAGCAGACGAGACUGUGGAUCCGAAACGAGAACUCGAGAAUAGAGUGGUGUGGGCAUGCUACACUAUCGACGUCAUCGUUGCUUCUGGUGUUGACAAGAACUCUGCCUGGCGUGGCGAUUCCCCAGAUAUACCACUUCCGUGCUCUGACGCCGAAUUUCUCUCCCAAAUUCCGUCCAAUGCAUCCUUCUUACUCGACGCACUCGAAAACCCCAUCGUUGUUCGGUCUCUAGAACUGCCGGCACUUAGUGCUAUUCUCAUCCAUCUUCGUGACUGUAUCAGAGAAUCAAUCUCAACAUCAAAUAUAUGGGAACCCAUCUCUCCAUUCAUGUCGAUUUUGCAGAGACUGGAGGCUUUCUACGCCAAUCUUCCGCCUAGAUACCUUCUCACAGAGCUCAACAUGUAUAUGCACAAAGAUCAGCAUACACUUGGCGCUCUAGUCUCUUUGCAUCUGUUCUACCACGCAGCCAUGUGUGAUUUGACACGCAUCUCUCUUCCAGGCUUCAACUUUCCUCUUGCCGCCGGUUUUCGGAACGCCACAGACGAAUUCACUGCGCAAUGCCAGGACCGAUGUCUUUUUCACGCGAAAGAGGUAGCAAAUAUUGUUUGGGCAAGUAAGUCUCACGGUCGCCUAGCUUUUGACGAUAGCUUUGCUGCUGAUGCAACCUCCGAAUCGACGAAAAUCCAUAUCGUCUGCGCAGCGCUCAACUUGGGAGGCAUCGAGUCUAUGCCUGCUGCAACAAGAGUCAUCUGCAACAACUUCGACGUGCUCAAAAUGUUGGCCUUGGGAAAACCGGGCCCCAGUCCUCAUGUACGCGCUCUUUUGUCCCUCUGUGUCGGUUUCGGUUUCCAUGAGCUCGCAAAGCAGUGCAGCGAUAUAGAUACAUCGGAGAUCGGCUUUCAAGCCGAGGUUACUGGUUCCGCUGGUGAACAUCACCUCAUCAAUACAGCACUCUUUCGCAGGGCCAGAUCCGAAGCAAGAGCACAGCAGGAGCAGUCAAGUCCGCGAACUGUAAGAUCUAUAGAGGGUGAACAGGACCAGAGCCGUCUCCGACCACCGCCUAUAUCGCCCACUGCAACUACGCAUACGCAGCCUGGGCCAGAAGAGCUCCAGCAACGAGCAAUGCAGCAGUACCCUGUCGACGAUUUAUCGAUGCCAUUAUCUCAGCGCCUAGGCGAUUCUCUCGACGAGGCGGGGCAAAUGUCCACGGAAGACUACCUUCGCACAGCAGAUGAGAGUGAGUCUAUACACUAA